AUGUGCCAUAAGCUGAUUUAUUCAACGGCAUUCCUGGUACUUUUAAUUUGCGGAUUAUCGUCCGCUGAUAAAUCAAUUUAUUCGACGUCGCUAGAAAGGCUAAUUGAACUUGAAAAUUUGGUAAAUUCUCUUGUUCGAUUGCAUCGAGAUUUUCAAGAAGAGCUCAAAGAAAAGUUGGCUGUGGAGAUAGGGCAAACUGCUCAGCAAACUGCUUUACAGAAACGAAGAUCAAGAAUCGGAGGGAAUAUUGUGAUGGGGAAAUAA